AUGAUGGCUAGACCUGGAUUUCCUCCACCACCACCACCUGGCUUCAUGCCUCCACCAGGGUUCAGACCACCGCCUAUGAUGGGCCCACCAGGAUCUUUACCAAUGCAAAGGCCUGGCAUGUUUCCCGGUGGACCACCUCCUCCCGGUGGAGGAGGAGCACCAUUAGCUGCACCACCACCACCACCACCUUCAUCUUAA